CUGGGUUUUUCUUUUCAUGGCGUUUUGAGCAUUUACCUUACCAACUCGCGAGGCUCAACUCACCUGUUUCGAGUUCCCCCAUUCCACUGGUUGACCUUUAAGAACUUGGUUUUUUUUCCCCGAGAAGAGAAUUUGUUAAGAGGUUUUCUCCUUCUUCCUCGAUGAAUCGGCGGCUCCUUUUGGUACUAUCUUCGUUUUCCUUCGCCGUAUUAUUCCUUUUCCUCGUCGCCCUUUUCUCAGGUCAGGGUAAAAUCAUAAAUGACUCAUUUGGUUUGGAGCUAUUGAGGGUAAAGAUCAAUCAAAGGAACAACACCGCCAUUUUUACCCCACAUCGCAAGCUUCUUCCCUUUUUUGGAUUUUGUCAUUUUCUUGUUGCAUGUACAGCAAUGGAGGAACCCAACCGGAUAUGGGGAGAGAAGUGUAGCAAAGCUGACAUUGAGAUAAACCAGGGACCCAGUGCCCCACUCCCGAGCGGCAUCCCCACCUACACAGUUGAAAUCCUCAAUAUCUGUUCCACUGGCUGCGACAUCUCCGGGAUUCACUUAACCUGCGGCUGGUUCAGCUCGGCUCACCUCGUCAACCCCAAAUUAUUCAAGCGCCUGAUGUACGACGACUGCCUCGUCAACGAAGGCAAGCCCUUGGUCAACGGUGGGACAGUCGAGUUUCAAUAUGCUAAUACGUUCCCGUACCCUCUUGCGGUCUCUAGCGUGGUCUGUUCUUAG